UGGAACCCACAGUCCCUAUAGACACCCCUAUGGAACCCACAGCCCCUAUAGACACCCCUAGAGCCCCUAUAGACACCCUAUGGAACCCACAGCCCCUAUAGACCCCCUAUGGAACCCACAGCCCCUAUAGACCCUCCUAUGGAACCCACAGCCCCUAUAGAGCCCCUAUGGAACCCACAGCCCCUAUAGACACCCUCGGCCCUUCCCCCGGCGGUUCCGUUUCCCUCCGGACCCAUUUCACCUCCCCACCCUCUCCCUUUUCCCCCCCGCGGUGCCGCCGCUAUUUCCGGUCCUCCACUUCCGGUCUCCCACUUCCGGCGCUACUUCCGGCGCCACUUCCGGGUCGCGCCCUCCGCCGGGCCCUCUGUCCCUGUCGCGACCGGGGCGUGGCCCUGCGAGGCGGUCGCUGUCGCCCUGUCGCGACAGGGGCGUGGCUCUGAGGGGGGGUGUGGCCGCUGUCGCCCUGUCGCGACAGGGGCGGGUCCUCGCGGCGAUGCGGGCGGGCCCGGUGCGCUGGCUGUGCGCGCGGCCCGGGCCCCGGUACCGGCAGGGGCAGCGGCCCGAGCCCCGGACCCGCGAGUAUUUCUAUUACCUCGAUCACCAGGGGCAGCUUUUCCUGGAUGACACCAAAGUGAAGAACUUCAUCACCUGCUUCAAAGACGUCUCCUUCCUCUCCUUCUUCUUCAGUCACCUGGAGCGGAACCGGAGCGGGCGCUACGAGGCGGGAUUGAUCCAGGAAUCCCUCAAUCCUGGGAGCUCAUCCAGGAAUCCCUCAAUCCUGGGAGCUCAUCCAGGAAUCCCUCAAUCCUGGGAGCUCAUCCAGGAAUCCCUUAAUCCUGGGAGCUCAUCCAGGAAUCCCUCAAUCCUGGGAGCUCAUCCAGGAAUCCCUCAAUCCUGGGAGCUCAUCCAGGAAUCCCUCCAUCCUGGGAGCUCAUCCAGGAAUCCCUUAAUCCUGGGAGCUCAUCCAGGAAUCCCUCAAUCCUGGGAGCUCAUCCAGGAAUCCCUCAAUCCUGGGAGCUCAUCCAGGAAUCCCUCCAUCCUGGGAGCUCAUCCAGGAAUCCCUUAAUCCUGGGAGCUCAUCCAGGAAUCCCUCAAUCCUGGGAGCUCAUCCCUGAACCCCUCUGUCCCUGGAGCUCAUCCAGGAAUCCCUUAAUCCUGGGAGCUCAUCCAGGAAUCCCUCUGUCCCGGGAGUUCAUCCAUGAAUCCCUCAAUCCCAGGAAUUGAUUAAUUAAUCCCUCUAUCCCUGAAGCUCAUCCCUGAAUCCCUUAAUCCUGGGAGUUCAUCCCUGAAUCCCUCUGUCCCAGGAGCUGAUCCAUAAAUCCCUCCAUCCCAGGACCUCAUCCCUGAAUCCUUCAAUCCCAGGAAUUGAUUCAUUAAUCCCUCCAUCCCAGGAGCUCAUCCCUGAAUCCCUCCAUCCCAGAACCUCAUCCCUAAAUCCCUCCAUCCCCAGACCUCAUCCAUGAAUCCCUCAAUCCCAGGCCCUCAUCCCUGAAUCCCUCCAUCCCGGGAGCUCAUCCCUGAAUCCCUUUCUCCUCCACGCCAGGAUCUGAUCCCACAUCCCCUCCCUCUCCCCGCAGACGUCUCCUUCCUCUCCUUCUUCUUCAGUCACCUGGAGCGGAACCGGAGCGGGCGCUACGAGGCGGGAUUGAUCCAGGAAUCCCUCAAUCCUGAGAGCUCAUCCAGGAAUCCCUUAAUCCUGGGAGUUCAUCCAGGAAUCCCUUAAUCCUGGGAGCUCAUCCCUGAAUCCCUUAAUCCUGGGAGCUCAUCCAGGAAUCCCUCCAUCCCUGGAGCUCAUCCCUGAAUCCCUCCAUCCUGGGAGCCAGGAACCCCUUAAUCCCAGGACUUCAUCCCUGAAUUCCUUAAUCCUGGGAGCUCAUCCAGGAAUCCCCCUGUCCCAGGAGCUGAUCCAUGAAUCCCUUAAUCCUGGGAGCCAGGAGUCUCUCAUUCCCAGGAGCUCAUCCAUGAAUCCCUCUAUCCCUGGAGCUGAUCCAAGAAUCUCUUAAUCCUGGGAGCUCAUCCCUGAAUCCCUCCAUCCCAGGAAUUGAUUCAUUAAUCCCUCAAUCCCAGGCCCUCAUCCCUGAAUCCUCCAUCCCUGGAGCUCAUUCAUGAAUCCCUUAAAAUCCUGGGAGCCGUGAACAUCUUAAUCCUGGGAGUUCAUCCAUGAAUCUCUUAAUCCUGGGAGCCAGGAGUCUCUCAUUCCUGGGAGCUCAUCCAGGAAUCCCUCUGUCCCUGGAGCUCAUCCAGGAAUCCCUGAAUCCUGGGAGCUCAUCCAGGAAUCCCUCAAUCCCAGGAGCUCAUCCCUGAAUCCCUCCAUCCCGAGAGCUCAUCCAGGAAUUCCUCAAUCCUGGGAGCUCAUCCAGGAAUCCCUCAAUCCUGGGAGCUCAUCCAGGAAUCCCUUAAUCCUGGGAGCUCAUCCAGGAAUCCCUCAAUCCUGAGAGCUCAUCCCUGAAUCCCUCUGUCCCUGGAGCUCAUCCCUGAAUCCCUCCAUCCCAGGACCUCAUCCAUGAAUCCCUCAAUCCUGGGAGCUCAUCCCUGAAUCCCUCCAUCCCGAGAGCUCAUCCAGGAAUCCCUCUGUCCCUGGAGCUCAUCCAUGAAUCCUUCUAUCCCAGGAGUUGAUUCAUUAAUCCCUCCAUCCCGGGAGCUCAUCCCUGAAUCCCUCCAUUCCAGGACUUCAUCCUGGAAUUCCUUAAUCCUGGGAACUCAUCCAGGAAUCUCUUAAUCCUGGGAGCCAGGAGUCUCAUUCCUGGGAGUUCAUCCAUGAAUCCCUCUAUCCCAGGAGCUCAUCCCUGAAUCUCUUAAUCCUGGGAGUUCAUCCAUGAAUCCCUCCAUCCCGAGAGCUCAUCCCUGAAUCCCUAAAUCCCAAGAGCUCAUCCCUGAAUCCCUCCAUCCCGGGAGCUCAUCCCGGAAUCCCUUUCUCCU